AUGGGUGGUAUUGAUAUCAGAUGCGAUGACAGGAGAGUAUUGGAGAUGUCAGAGAAACUGGAAAUUUCAUUCUUUACUCUCGGUAUGGAACUGGAAUCGAUACCUAACACAGCAACGCGCUUUACUAUGCUUAUCCUACCAGUCUGCUAUGCACUAUCAGUCUCCCCUACCAAUUUGCACUACCAGCUUGUCCAACCAGCUUUCACUAUCAGUCUGCACUAUCAGUCUGCCCUACCAGCCUGCACUAUCAUGCUGCCCUACCAGCCUGCACUAUCAGUCCCUGUGCCCUACCAAUUUUGCACUACCAUAUUGCCCACACAGCCCUGCACUACCCAGCUUGACCUAGUUAGACUGCCCUUCCAACCUGCUCUAACCAGACUGUGCCCAACCACCUGCACUAUUGGCCUUGCCCUAACCAACCUGACACUACUCCAGCCUGCAACUACCAGCUUGACCUACCAGAUCUGCCCCUGUCAACCCCUCACUACCAGACUGCUCAACCAGCCUACACCAAUCAGAUCCCAGCACUAUCAGUCUGCCCUACCAAUUUGCACUACCAGCUUGCCCAACCAGCCUGCACUACCGGUUUUCCCUACCAGCCUGCGUUACCAGCCAGCACUACCAGCUUGCCCAACCAGCCUGCACUACCAGCUUGCACUAACAGCCUUCACUACUAGACUGCCCAACCAACCUGCACUACCAGCUUGCACUACCAGCUUGCCCAACCGGCCUGCACUACCAGCUUGCACAACCAGCCUGCACUACCAACCAGCAUUACCAUCCAGCACUACCCAACUUGCCCUAUCAGGAAAAUAA